AUGUUUGACCAUCUGGUGGAAUCUAAUAAUCUGGAGCUGGAGAUGGAGGACCAUGGUCUGAUUCUGCCCGAGGACAUGGAUUUCAUCAAAGCGAUGAUUGAAGGACUGAAGGACCGUAAACCAGUCCAGUGGCCAUAUAAUGGUCGACCAAAGGAAAAAUCCUUCCUCUAUGAAAUCGUGGCCAACAAAAGCAACGGCAUUGAUGUGGACAAGUUUGACUACUUUGCCAGGGACUGCUACCACCUGGGCAUGAAGAACAACUUUGACCAUCUCCGCUUCAUACAGUUUGCCAGAGUGAUUAAAGUGGAAAAAGACGGGCUGAAUCACAUCUGCAGUAGAGACAAGGAGGUGGCCAAUCUGUAUGACAUGUUCUACACCAGGAACUGUCUCCACAGAAGAGCCUGCCAGCACAGAGUGAACACGAUCAUUCAGUAUAUGAUCGCAGAGGCCUUUUUAGAAGCAGACGGGCAUAUCAAGAUUAAAGGCUCAAGAGGGAAAGAGUUCACUCUCUCUACAGCCAUAGAUGACAUGGAGGCCUACACCAAGCUGACAGAUCAUGUGUUUGAACAAAUACUCGAGCUGGAUGAGGCAAAACUGGCUGAGGCAAAGAAGAUUCUAAAAAGGAUCAUCUCUCGAGACCACUACAGGUUUCUGGGUGAAACCAAGCCUAGACAAGUCCCAACCAGGGUGUGCAUUAAUGAGAGGAAACGUCGUUGGAAAGAGGAAUUGGCUGCAGCCGUCCCUGAGGGAGGCGAUGGGGGUGUCACACUGACAGCAGAGGACUUUGUAGUUCUAGUCGCUACUUUUGACUAUGGAAUGAAAGACAAGGACCCCAUCAAUAAUGUGUAUUUCUACAACAAGAUAAACCCUGACAUAGCAUUCAACAUCACCAGAGACCAGGUGUCCAAGCUUCUCCCAGCAUGCUUUUCUGAGCAGCUGAUCAGGGUUUACAGUAAGAAGACUGAUGACCAGAGUGUGGAGGCUGCCAGGAAUCACUUGGUCAAGUGGUGUGAAGAUAAGGGCUUGCCAAACCCUCAGUAUGGAGAAAUUGCAGCACCGUAAUUCAUCCCUGGGGGAAAUAUCCACAACAAUCCACCGGACGUUUUGGAAAAUAGAGAUUAAAAGUGAAAAAAGAAAUCACACACUCCCUGCUACUUAUAGUUUAGUUUAUUAAGG